AUGAAAUCUUGUCGUCUGACGAGGUUCUACGUACUUAACAGUGAGGAGGAGGCGGCACCCCAGUCCGGAGAAAGCGUUGCUCGGCUGAGAGCAGCUGCGGGUCCAGAGGAGAGUCCUCGGGAACGUGGGCGGCAAGGAGGAAGGCAGCGGGAUGACGAGACCCCUGCUGCGGCCCGCCGGGCUCGGACCGUUCGUCCCGCCGUGGCUGCCGCUGCCCGCGGCGCCGGGGCGCGGAGUCCAGGCCCCGAGGGCCAGGCCCGCGCCGCGCUGCCCGCCGCUGCCCCCACUGCUCGGCGGGGGACGGCCCCGGGGCUCGACCGCUGCGGGGGCUGCCGCGUCUGCGCCGCGGCCGAGGGCGGGGCCUGCGGCGGGGCGCUCGGCCAGCCGUGCGCCCCGGGGCUGCAGGGCCGCGCGCCGCUCGCGCCCCGACUCCUCGGCGGCGGGGGGGCGGCCGUGUGCGGCGGCGACGGGCGCACCUACCCCAGCCUGUACGCGCUCCGCGCCGAGAACCGCGCCGCGCGCCUCCGUGGCGCGCUCCCGGCCGUGCCGGUGCGGAAGGGGGACUGUGGAGCCCCAGGGACCAGAAGCGCAGGCUGGCUCAGGAGCAAGUACAACUUCAUCGCCGCCGGUGAGACGGUGGCCCCGUCCGUGGUCCACUUACAGCUGUUUCGCGGCAGUGAGGAUAUUCCUGCAUCCGGUGGCUCUGGGUUCAUAGUGUCUGAGGAUGGGCUUAUUGUUACCAAUGCCCACGUCCUCACGAACCAGCAGUGGAUCCAGGUGGAGCUCCAGAGCGGGGUCCAGUAUGAAGCCACUGUCAAUGACAUUGACCAUAAAUUGGAUCUUGCCCUGAUUAAAACUGAGCCAAAUACUGGACUUCCUGUAUUGCUGCUGGGAAAGUCAUCCGACCUGUGAGCUGGCGAGUUUGUGGCGGCCUUGGGUAGCCUGUUUUCACUGCAGAACACAGUGACGGCAGGCAUUGUCAGCACCACACAGCGAGAGGGCAAAGAGCUGGGGCUGAAGGAUUCAGGCAUGGACUACCAGACGGAUGCCGUAAUUAAUCACGGGAAUUCCGGGGGGCCUCUGGUGAAUUUGGAUGGUGAUGUGAUUGACAUCAACACACUGAAGGUGACCACAGGAAUCUCCUUUGCAAUUCCCUUGGAUCGCAUUCGACAGAAAGGCUUUGUUAGUAACAGGUUAUAAUUCUCCUUUCCAGGAAAGGCUGUUUCACAGAAGAAAUAGCUGGGUCUGCGCAUGCUGUCCCUCACUAUGAGCCUGCUUCAGGAAAUGAAAAGGCAAGAUCCAGAUUUCCCUGAUGUGACCUCUGGAGUGUUUGUAUAUGAGAUGAUUCAAGGAACAGCUGCUGAAAGCUCUGGGUUGAGAGACCAUGAUGUAAUAGUCAGCAUAAACGGACAACCUGACACGACAACCGACGUGAUUGAAGCUGUUAAGGCCAAUGAUUCCCUUUGAUUCCCUUUCUAUCCUGGUUCGUCGGAGAAGUCAACUGUUGAUCCUGACAGUCACACCUGAAACAAUCAAUUAAGUGUCUUGCUUUAAAAAGAAAUGAUCUAACAAAACCAAAGCUUUACUACCUGGUUUGUAUUGAAGAUGUGCCAAAGAUGGCAAAGGGGUUUUAGGAUCUCUUUUUCAUAAAGGAAAGUGAAUGCUUUAAAACACACAUACACACACUCCGGAACCAUUAGGUUGGGGGUGUUGUAACUGUUGCUAAGAAGCAUUCCUAAGGCAAGUGGAAGAAGGACAUGGUGCCAGGAAGUCUGGGGAGCUGAUAAAAUUUUAUUUAAAGACAGGAAACAACUGAAAACAGGCAGAGUUUCUAGUUUAACCUUGACAAGAAGGAUACUUCAGUAUUUAAAAACUUCUCUAUAGUCACAAACUGGAUAUAACACAAACAUACACAAACAAAUAGAUCUGUCUACCAAAUAUUAAGAAACAAACUGAAUCCAGAGUGUAAAGGAAAUCACACUUUUCAAAAUAUUCCUUUAUUCAAAUAGUUUUUCAGGUUGUAUCACAUUUGGCCAGGGUUUGUGAAUACAGAGGAUGGGCAUCACCUAGAAGCCACACUGAUACUGACACAUGCGGAUCGUCACAGAGGAAUGUAAAGAUUCUCAGGCUGUCACCUAGCAGUGGAAACAACUUCGAUCCCCAUCACCUUUUCUGUGAGAAGGGCUUCUUCUAUAAAAUACAAAAUUUAAUAACUUACAGACUUUUACCUCUUUACCCAAGCUCUUCCUCCUGGAAACACUAAUGAUUAAUGAUUUUGAGUCUGAAAGCUGCCACAGUUUAUUUUUAAAGGAAAAUAGCUUUUGAUGGGGUUUGUGAAUAUCCUUAAGGAGAUUUUUUUUUUUUUUUUUUUUUUGGUGAGAUGAAGCAGGAUUUGUGGUUUUAAAGUAGUAUCUUAUUUGGGGUAAUAUUUCAAUUUUAGUUUGUUUUCCAGAUUUUUCUUACAAGUUUUUUUUUUUUCUUUU